CCUUCCAGCGGCUGCACGACGAAGCAGAGGCGACAUGGAAGUGUAAGCGGCUCGUCCAAGGGAAACCCGACUCAUCUGGGGACCAUGAGGCGGCUGGCGGCCCGACCUCCGGACCGCGAGCUGGACGGGAAGGACGCGAACGCGGCACUGCUCAGUAACUAUGAGGUGUACCAGCUGCUGACAGAUCUCAAGGAGCAGCGGAAGGAAAGUGGGAAGAACAAACACAGUGCCGGGCAGCAGAACCUGAACGCCAUCACCUACGAGACAUUAAAAUACAUAUCAAAAACGCCAUGCAGGAACCAGAGUCCUGCGAUUGUUCAAGAAUUCCUCACAGCAAUGAAAAGCCACAAGCUGACCAAAGCCGAGAAGCUUCAGCUGCUGAACCACAGGCCAAUGACCGCUGUUGAGAUCCAGCUGAUGGUAGAAGAGAGUGAAGAGCGGCUCACGGAGGAGCAGAUUGAAGCCCUUCUGCAUACUGUCACUAGCAUUCUGCCUGCAGGACCAGAGGAUGAACAGAGUAAAAACACUAGCAAUGAUGUGGCGAUGGAAGAGGAAGACCCAGCAUAGAUGUGCACAGCUGGCAAGGUUGUUCGUGGAGUUCAAAGCCCCAGCAGCCAUUUCCUGGAUGUUCAGAGGAUUGUUUAUUUGAUUUUACCCUCUCUCAAUAUGCCUGAUCUCAGAGUUGGUUGGGAGAAAUUGCAAAAAUAAGAUAUAAAGAAAUCUUUAUGCCUUGAGAUCAAGAAACAUGGGGUCAGAGAAGGGCAGAGAGCUCAAGACGGGACUUGCCUGUGCAGCUUUCUGGGUAGAAAGACUUCUGUGGCCUCUGCCACACUUGACCUCAGUGCUAAGCUAUUUAGCGCUUUGAUGCCUGUGUUGUAGGCUAUGGCAGGAGCGGCUGGCUGAGAGUGGAGCUGUGGAAAUGGCUCAUGCUUGAGACCUCCACAGCUGUUCCUGGGGAAAUGACCUGGAGCUUAGCUCACUCUAGAGGAAUGUCCUUAGCAGAAACAGGACGUUAGAAAAGGAGAUUAAGAGCAAACUCCAGUUUGAGUCCAGCCUGGUCCGCAUAGGAAGGAAAUCACAUGUGAACACAUCUAACAUGCAUGCAUACCACAUACAUACAAAAAAAUUAAUCCUUUUUCUGUUAAUUGCUAAAAACAAUUCUUACAGCUUUGGUAAGUGACAAGGAAAAGAGACUUAUUUUGUCUCAUGGUUCUGGUUCAUGGUCAAAGGGCAUCUGGGUAUGGCCCUGUUAUUGCCAGAGUGCGUGGGUAGCACAGGGUCCCACCUGAUGAAAAAUGAGAGGCACUUGUUUAUUUUCAGUCACUUAUAGCCCAAAUUGACCUUGAACUCAGUCUGUAGCACACUCUGUCAUCAGACUUUUGAUGAUUCUUUUGCCUCAGCCUCCUGAGCGCUGGGAUUAAAAGUGUAUGCCUCUCAGCUUGAAAGGCAGAGGCCAGCCUGGUCCACAUAGCAAGUUCCAGCCAGCCCGAGCUACACAGUGAGACCCUGUCUCAUAAAAACAAACAAACAAAUAAAUAAGCACACCAUAUGGUGUGCCACUAUACUGUGUGUGUGUAUUUUGAGGGGAGAGGAGGUUAGUUUGUUUUUUGAGACCUUUUUUGGUCGUAUUUAAUAGGAGUUUAAUGGCAUUAUUAUGUAAUGGGGAGAUUCUUUCUCUCCAGACACCAUAGUUUAUCAAAUAUAAUGUGCAGUGAUAGGUAAUCUCUUUUGAGUCCCAUAGAUCCCCCCCAAAAAAAAUUAUCGGACAUUGCCAUGACUUCAGAACUCAAUGGUAUGAUCCUUUUGCUAAAGACAUUCUGUACUGGAGAUGACCUAUGAAGGACGUAAAGUCUGGUACUAACUGGAAACUUCAUCCUGUUAGUUGAGGGUGUUCUGCCAGAAGUGCGAGGUAGUGGUUCUUCAUCAGAAGCAUCAGAUUCAGAGGUUUCAGUACCUUCUUUCAUCUUCUCCUUCAAUCUUUCCCCAAGGUACGGGUUAAGAAAUGAAUCCUGUGUGGUGACUAGCUGGCCCGCUCUUCUUCAGGGAGGCUGCAGAUGGACAGUUGAACAUUCCCACCUUUAGUCUCCCGUUGUCUCAGUUCCUGCGGCAGGUACUAAGUAGUUGUUCUACAAGAACAUCAGCGCAAUUCUCUUCACUCCUGUCAUCACUCUUGUCCUUGGGAGGAAGUCCAGGAGGCAAAGAUUCUCUACCGAGUAUCUUCACUGCUGGGUCUGGAGAUGAGUCUUCAUGUGUAUUUGUCCUUCAGAGGGGAGAAGCAGUGGCUCUCCCUGAGGACAACUUCCUAUCUCCAGCCCUCCUCUUCACCCUUCUUCCAGCCAGCUGAUCUGCUGUGACAACCAUGAUGAACCUUGAUGAAGAAACACACCUUCUUAUCCACAGAGAUACAUUCUCUGCCAUAAAUUCAUUUCUGGGUCUUUAGUUGUUUUCGGCCACAGAGUCACUGUCUGUGUCCUCAGUUGCCCGCCGAGGAACAUCAGGACCAGGUUUGCCAGCCUUCUGAAGACUUCUGCUUGCUAUUGUUAUUUUGGUUUGGUUUUUUCGAAACUUUUUUUCUUCUACUUUUUCAAGACAGAGUUUCUCUGUGUAGCCCUGGCGGUCCCGGAACUAGCUCUUGUAGACCAGGCUAGCCUCGAACUCAGAGAUCUACCUACCCCUGGCUCCUGAGUGCUGAUCGGAUUAAAAGCAUGUACCAUCACCUCCUCGCUUUGUUUUGUUUUUUGAGACAGGGUGUCAUUAUGUUGCUCUGGUUGGCCUCAGAAUCAAGUAGGUCUACCUCUGAGAGAGGGAAUAGCACACCUCUGGGUGUGUCUGUGAGAGUGUUUCCAGAGAUAGAUCAUGAAGACUGAGCUAGGCCCAGUCGCUUAAGGGAUUAGAAUGGAUUGUUGAGGCAGGUAGAAAUUCCUAUCUGGUUGGAGGAGGUAGGUGAGAAGGAACAUGCCUUGGUGACUGUAGUGACUUGUCCUCUUCCUGCCAUUUCUCUCCUCUUUGCUUUCUGUUUGCUGCCUGUGCUCCCACCACCAUGAUGCUCUCCCUCACUGUAGGCCCAGGAACACAACCCACCUGGUAACCACACACUGACACCUCUGAAACCAUGAGCUGAAAUAGACAAACUCCCUUAAAUUGCUGUUGUCAGGCUUUGCUUACAAAAAAGUCUCUAGUAUGGAAGUUGUUCCUGUGUCACAGAUAGAGACCCUGAAGCUGCCAGCAGAAAGAAGCAUUGGCCUGAGGAAUCAGAGCCAUUAAGCAGCAAAAGUGGGGUACACACUCCAGGACUAUCUGCUCCAGACAUAGACUCCACAGACUGGAUCAUCAGGCCUCCUAAUCAAGCCUGGUUCUCUUUUUUAAAUGUGUAUUUAUUAACUGGGAGUUGAACCUCGGGUCUCAUCCAUGCCCGACGUGCUACUGAAUCAUGCUCCCAGAAACAAUGGGCAAUCCUAGAUAAAGCUCUCCUGCUAAGCCACAGUUUUGGCUCCCCACUGGAGGAUUCUAAGCAAACACUCUCCCACUGAGUGACUCUCUCCAGUCCUUCCCUGAUGGAGUCUAGGCUAGUUGUACUGCUGAACUCCAUCCCUUGCCCUCUCUCUUUUCCAGACAGGCUAAGCACACAGCUCCUAAUCCUCCGGCUCCAGCAAGUCGCUACUCUAGGGCUGCAUCACCAUCCUUGGUUGAGCAAUCCUUUUACUGAUCUUUCUUCCUUGGGUUCCUGAAUAUUUCUGAGCAAAUAAAAGGGGUUGUUUUAAUUAGGAUGUGUUUGUUGUUUUUGGGGAUAGGGGUUUCUCUUUGUAGCCCUGACUGUCCUGGAACUUUUUAUGUAGACCAAGCUGGCCUCAAACUACAGAGAUUUGCUUGCCUCUGCCUCCCAAGGUGGGAUUAAAGGUGUGCACCACCAAUGCCCAGCUAGUUUCUAUUGCUGUGACCAGUACCUUGACCAAAAGCAACUUAUACUUCCAGACCAUCACUACUGAAGUCAGGCAGGAACUGAAUCAUGGAGGAACACUGCUUACCGGUUGUCCCUCCUGGUUUGCUCAGCCUGCAUAUCUAUCUGUAUCUAUAUUACCCAGGACCCCCAGCCCAGAGAUGGCGCCACUCAAAAAGGGGCUGUGUCCUCCCACGUCAAUUAGUAAUUAAGAAAAUGCACUGUAUUUUCAUACAGACCAACUUUAUGGAGGUUUUUUUCUCAGCUGAAGUUCCUUCUUCUACUUGUAAUGAGUUGACAUAAAACUAACCAGCACCAGGGUAGAGCAGGCAAUCUUGGGGCUGGGUAGUUACGUUCCUUAUUCUGUAGUCAGUUCCUGGCUAGAGCAGCAGCUAUUCCUGCUUAAAGCCUCAUUAUUCACCUACAUGUCUUUGGUGUCCUGUCUCAUAUUUGGGUCAGAAAUUGUGUUCACAGAAUUAGAAGCUCCAAGUUGUCCUUUUGCAGGGCAGGCUGGAGGGGCCUGGAAACCUGGGAGAUUUGGGGUUAAAUAUUCCAGUUCUUUCCCAGUGAGAGCCUCAGAGAGGAGGACCAGAGCAUGCAUUGGCAGGGUGGGGUUCUGGGGCAAGGAGCCAAUGCUGAGUCAUAGGGGAGCCAGGGAGUCAGGGCCAGGGCAAGGCACACGAUGCCAGAGCUGCUGAAGGAAAGCCCAAGGCUGAACUGGCAUGGUGGAAGUCAGCAGCAGCAGUGAGCAAGGUCACAAGAGGGAGCUGCAGUCGAUCUCAAGGGCUGGGAUAGGAGAAGCUGGCAUGUGUCUGCAGAUCCCCAGAGCUGCUGGGCUGUUCUCAGGGUGGAUGGUGGCCUAGUCCUGCUGGAUUGGUUGGUUCAGCGCUGAAAGUGCUCAAGACUAGGAGGGAUGAUGGCCCAGAGUGGACGAGGCUGAGGAGCCUCAACUAGGGGUGUACCAGGCUGGGGGGAGCAUCAGAUAGGGGUGUCUCAGGCAUCAUAGUGUUCAGCUCUCCAGCUGUGGUGAGGCACAUCCAACAGACCCCUCAGGCCAGACUUACCUAACUACAUGAGGGUCCAGCUUCUCUGAAGUCUCCUCAGUUGGGGGUGCUUGCUGCUGCAGCUCAACUGUGGCUUCUCUGUUGAUACUCACCGCUCUGGAAGAACACUGCGUUCUUCAAGAGCCUCACUCCAGACACUUUCCGUGUUAGGACUUUUUGUUUACCUUUCAAAAUAUGUGCAAACAAAUUUAUAAAAUGUGAUAAAGAAUAAAAGCAGGUGAUG